AUGGGUAGGCCUAGAGGGAAGGGCAAGAAACCAGCUGCUGAAUUCCUGAGCAACGAUGACGAUGGCGGCGGCGAGGAGCCGGCUCCGACGACCGAAGAGAGGAGUGGAAGGCUUCGGGAGCAUGACGCCGGCGAAGUGGACGAUAUCGCCAAGGUUGAGGAGGACAUGGACGGCGAUCCCAAUAGCACGGCUAAGACUGAGAGUAAAGGAGGAACGAAGAGGCCACGGCGGCGGCGUGUGAAGCGAAGCUCCGCCUUGGCUGAGGGCGAAGAAAAGGAUGGCGAUCGUGUAAGAGUGAAAGUGGAGGGAUUCCGGCGAACAGGAAGCCGACGGAAGAGCACUCCCCGGCGAGCAGCCGAGGCAGGGGUGGAAUGUGUUGAGUGA